UAAAACGGCAGAAACCCAUGUCGUUCAGCGACAAGACAAUCAAAACCCUAAAGGCUAUAAAUCAAAGUAAAAAAUCACUAAGCAGUCACAAAAAAAUCAUUUCUAAGAGACAGAGAGAAAAAGAAACUAAUGGCUGAGAAAGAAGAAGUGAAGCUUUUAGGGAUAUGGGCGAGCCCUUUCAGCCGUCGGAUCGAGAUGGCUCUGAAACUCAAAGGCAUACCGUACGAUUACGUGGAAGAGAUACUGGAGCACAAAAGCCCUUUGCUUCUUGCACUCAACCCUAUUCACAAGAAGGUCCCUGUUCUUGUUCACAAUGGUAAAACCAUUAUCGAGUCUCAAGUGAUUCUUGAAUACAUCGACGAGACUUGGAAACACAAUCCUAUUCUCCCUCAAGAUCCUUAUGAGAGAUCUAAGGCUCGAUUCUUCGCUAAACUCGUCGAUGAACAGCUUAUGAACGUGGGAUUUCUAUCAAUGGCAAAAGCAGACGAAAAAGGAAGAGAAGUUGUGGCUGAGCAGAUAAGAGAGCUGAUUAUGCAUCUUGAGAAGGAACUUGUCGGAAAAGAUUUCUUCGGUGGUAAGACUGUCGGAUUCUUGGAUUUAGUCGCCGGAAGUUUGAUUCCGUUUUGUUUGGCGAGAGGCUGGGAAGGAAUUGGAUUGGAAGUGAUUACAGAGGAGAAGUUUCCAGAAUACAGCAGAUGGGUGAAGAGUUUGGAGAAGGUUGAGUUUGUGAAGGAUUGUAUUCCUCCAAGAGAGAAACAUAUUGAACACAUGAAUUACAUGGCAGAGAGAGUCAGAUCCUCUUAAACUAAGAAGUCAAAAUCAUCUAUAUAAUUAGUUCUUUGAUCCAAAUGUUUUAAUUUAAUGUUUGUAAGCUUGUUAUAUUAUCUGUCUUGUAAUGAAUAAGAUUUCUUUUAUAAGUAACGUUUUGGUAUGUGGUUGAGGAGAGAAGUAGGUUUUCCAUCAUUUCUCUGUUUCUCAAGCCGUUUGAUUUAAAACUUCGAG